UCAUGUAGACCUGCAAUUGUUUCUCUGUAGAAAUGGGUCGUGUAAUCAGAGGUCAGCGUAAAGGCGCUGGCAGUGUUUUCCGAUCCCACACUAAACACAGGAAAGGUGCAGCCAAAUUACGAGUGCUAGAUUAUGCUGAAAGACAUGGAUAUAUAAAAGGUGUCAUCAAAGAUAUCAUUCACGAUCCAGGUCGUGGAGCUCCACUGGCUGUUGUUGUUUUCCGUGAUCCUUAUCGUUAUCAACUGAGGAAGGAGCUUUUUGUUGCUACAGAAGGAAUGUACACAGGCCAGUUUGUGUACUGUGGCAAGAAAGCAACAUUGCAGGUUGGUAAUUGUUUACCAGUUGGCCAAAUGCCAGAGGGAACCAUCAUUUGCAAUGUUGAAGAAAAAACCGGUGAUGGUGGAGCGAUGGCCCGAGCUUCAGGCAACUACGCCACGGUUAUUUCACAUAAUGUUGACACGAGGAAAACCCGCAUUAAGUUGCCAUCCGGCAUCAAGAGAGUGGUUCCUUCGGCAAACCGAGCGUUGGUUGGUAUUGUUGCUGGUGGCGGUCGUAUUGAGAAGCCAAUGUUGAAGGCCGGUCGUGCUUACCACAAGUACAAGGUGAAACGAAACUGCUGGCCUCGCGUCCGUGGUGUUGCCAUGAACCCUGUAGAGCAUCCUCACGGUGGUGGUAACCAUCAACAUAUCGGUAAACCUUCGACGAUGCGAAGAGAUGCAUCUGCUGGUAGGAAAGUGGGUCUGAUCGCCGCUCGCCGUACCGGACGUAUCAGAGGAGGAAAGAAACAACUGAAGGCUGACUUAAAGGAGGCAGAAAAGUAGUUUGAUGACUGUUUUGCUUGCAAUUAAAAAUAAAUAUGAAAGAAAAUUUUGA